AUAAACUAUUUUAAUAUAAAACCUGACGCAUAGCUUCCUUUCUUCUCAACUAGCAAUCGGAAAUUCCUUUAAAUCCAAAGUUCCAGAUUCAGAGACGAUUCACCCAAAUUUUCCCAAAUUUUCCCAAAUUGGGGGGGGCGCCAUCUUCUUGCCUGCCCCAUCGAAUCUUCUUCAAUCCUCGCCAUUAUUAUCAUUAUCGUUAUCUUCUUCACGUUUCCCAAUAACCACUUUCUUUUUGGGCCCUCACUUCCGCGUUUUUCUUUCUUCAUUCUUUGCCUUCUUCUCCACAUUCACUGCAUUCUCUCUGUUUUGCUGAUCGUAUAUAUUCUGUUACCUCUUUUCUGAUUUGGGGAUUUAGUUUCUAGAUUUUCGAAGAUUGCGACAGAUUGGUGGGUGAAUUUCGUAUUAGGGAGGUUGAUUGAUCGAUAUAUUUGUCGUUGCUUGUCGUUUAAGCAACUCAAAUUUUCGGUUCUUAUGGGAUUUCCUUUGGAUUUGAGGAUCCAUUGUUGUUGUACAAGUUCAGAUUGAGGAAUUCUUUGCCAUAUUCAGGUUUAUUACUGCCGUUUACAUUGUUCUUCUUCUAGUAAUUUAUUUUGAAGAGCUGAAGGAUUGAGUGUGCUGUUGAAUUUGGUGCAACUUUGCAUGCCUUCUUAAUUUAUUUGGGGAUCGAUUCUUGUUUCCAUUGAUCAUAGCCAUUGUAUUGAAGUUCGUAGAAUCCUGAUUUUCCUGUCCUGUUACACAAUCCAUUCUUUCAUGUUUAGAUCUGUUAGUCUUACAUCCACAGAGAACUGAGUGUGGAUUCUAUUAGCCUGUGACAGAUUGCUUGAGUUCCUUUUUAGAGUUAUGGAAAUUAGUAAUGAGGCCAAGGUUGGUUCCUUUUCUAUUGGUCCUUCAACCAUUGUAGGUAGAACAAUUGCUUUCAGAAUCCUGUUUUGCAAAUCGGUGUCGCAAUUUAAGCAUCAACUAUUUCGUGUUUUACUGAAUAUUAUCUAUGGAUUUAAGGCCAUCUUAGCACCCAUAUUAUCAUGGAUGCAUCCUAGAAAUCCACAGGGGAUAUUGGCGAUGGUUACCGUUAUUGCUUUUUUGUUGAAACGGUACACGAAUGUGAAAGGGAGGGCCGAAUUGGCGUACCGAAGGAAGUUUUGGAGAAACAUGAUGAGAACUGCAUUGACCUAUGAGGAAUGGGCUCAUGCUGCUAAAAUGCUUGAUAAAGAAACUCCAAAGUUGAAUGAGUCAAAUCUCUAUGAUGAAGAAUUGGUGAGGAACAAGCUUCAAGAGCUUCGCCAUCGUCGCCAGGAGGGAUCUCUUAGAGAUAUAAUGUUUUGGAUGAGAGCUGAUCUUUUCCGAAAUCUUGGCAAUAUGUGCAACCCUGAACUACACAAGGGUAGGCUUCAAAUUCCGAUACUCAUAAAGGAGUACAUAAAUGAGGUAUCGACUCAAUUGAGACUGGUUUGUGACUCGGAUUCUGAAGAAUUGUUAUUGGAAGAGAAACUCUCGUUCAUGCACGAAACGAGGCAUGCGUUUGGAAGGACUGCCCUACUCUUAAGUGGAGGUGCUUCACUUGGAGCUUUUCAUGCAGGAGUGGUUAAAACUCUGGUAGAGCAUAAACUUUUGCCUAGAAUAAUAGCUGGAUCUAGUGUAGGAUCCAUCAUAUGUGCUGUUGUUGCCACUCGGUCCUGGCCUGAGCUACAAAGCUUUUUCGAUGACUCUUGGCAUUCAUUUCAGUUUUUCGAUCAGAUGGGCGGUAUUUUUACUGUGGUAAGGAGGGUAAUGAUACAAGGGGCUGUUCACGAGAUUCGACAAUUACAAAUGAUGUUAAGGCAGCUCACUUCUAACCUAACUUUUCAGGAAGCUUAUGACAUGACAGGUAGAAUUCUUGGGAUAACAGUUUGUUCCCCAAGGAAGCACGAGCCGCCUAGAUGUCUUAACUACUUAACGUCUCCUCAUGUUGUGAUAUGGAGUGCUGUGACAGCAUCUUGUGCAUUCCCUGGCCUUUUUGAGGCACAGGAAUUAAUGGCCAAGAACAGAAGCGGUGAGAUUGUUCCCUAUCAUCCACCUUUUAAUUUGGAUCCUGAAGAGGGCUCAGGCGCAUCUGUACGUCGAUGGAGAGAUGGCAGCUUGGAGAUCGAUCUGCCAAUGAUUCAAUUGAAAGAAUUGUUCAAUGUAAACCAUUUCAUUGUCAGUCAGGCAAAUCCCCAUAUCGCACCACUAUUGCGAAUGAAAGAAUUCUUCAGAGCUUUUGGGGGAAACUUUGCUGGCAAGCUUGCUCAUCUUGCUGAAAUGGAGGUAAAACAUAGAUGCGACCAAUUUUUGGAACUUGGUUUUCCAUUGGGCGGAAUUGCGAAGCUUUUUGCUCAAGAUUGGGAAGGAGAUGUCACGGUCGUCAUGCCAGCUACUCUUGCUCAGUACUCUAAAAUUAUACAAAAUCCUACGCAUUUGGAUCUUCAAAAGUCGGCCAACCAAGGUAGGAGGUGCACCUGGGAGAAGCUAUCAGCAAUAAAAGCCAACUGUGGCAUUGAGCUUGCUCUAGAUGAAUGUGUUACAAUUCUCAACCAUAUGCGGAGGUUGAAAAGGAGCGCUGAGAGGGCCGCUGCUGCCGCUGCUGCAGCCUCACAUGUUUCUCCAGCCCCUGUCAAGUUCAGCGCUUCAAGAAGAAUUCCCUCCUGGAACUGCAUUGCACGAGAAAACUCGUCUGGUUCGCUCGAAGAAGAAUGUCUUGCUGAUGUUUCUUUGACUUGCCAUCAAGGUCCUAGUGGAUCGAUCGGUUCAGGAUCCACUGGAAGAAUGUUGCGAACUCACCGUACUAUGUUUGAUGGUAGUGAUAGCGAAUCAGAAAAUAUUGAUUUGAAUACUUGGACUAGAUCUGGUGGGCCAUUGAUGAGGACAUCAUCAGCAAAUAAGUUCAUAGACUUUGUCCAGAAUUUGGAUCUUGAUGACCUCAAUAGAGGUUUGGUAGCAAAUUCCAAUGGGGUUCAGCCAUUUGGUGGCAGUCAAAAUUCCCAAAGUCCUCGAACCACGUCUGACCGGAGUUCCGAGUGCCCAGAUUUUGACAUGCGAGAGCUCGGCCAUCGAGUUUCUUCAAGCAUUCUUGUAACUGAAGGAGACUUUUUGCAGCCCGAAAGAAUACUUAACGGGAUCGUGCUUAACGUCGUAAAGAAGGAAGAUUUGACAUUGACAAGUCGGACCCAUGAUUCAGAAACUCAAAACAGUGAAGUUGAAUGCCUGCAAAUCGACUGUUCGGAGAAGUAUAUUGAUGCUAGCUCGGCAUCUGAAGAAGAUGCUACACCAAAGAGCUGCUUGCAGGAACAACCUCCCAAGAACAAUCCGGUGAAUCAUUCCGAGGAAUAACACAAUGGCCAAGAUCAUCAACUAUUUAUUGAUUCUUAAUUUUGUCGAACUCCAUUCUUGUCUUCAAGUACGUCUUCUUUACUUCCUCCAAUGAAUUUAAAUGCCAGAUGAUAUCUCAUUCAAUGUAGGAGUAGGAAAUGGGAAGAACAAGCAUCUUCGCAAGGUGAGGACUCCAUAGCUUGAGUUCUGCUAAUCACACUUGAAAUGCAGCAGUUUAGAUGAUUUUGUUAGUGGAACUGUGUAUAUAUCUGUAUCAAAAUUUUGUUUAUUACUGCUGCUUUUCUAUCUCCAUUCCCAUUAUCUA